AUUAUUAAAUAAAAACGUGAGCCAUCUAGGAUAAAAGAAUCCCUAAUUUCAAAACGUGUUGACAUUGUUCUUUGUCAACUCAAUUGUGCUGCUGCUGGCUGCCUUUAUUGUUCAAACUUCAAAGGUCCUUUCCUGUUUAUCUUCUCCACCCCUGCGCCUACUCUAUCAUCUUCUUGGGCCUUCGCCCAUGGCUUCCAGUUCCAAGUCUCAAAAGUCAGUGAAGAAUUAUUUUACCAAAGUUCCAAAAUCAAGUUUGGACUCUCAUGAUCAACCUAAUCCAGAAGAAAAUGUCAACCACUCAGAAGUACCAUUGCUUUCUUCUCAAGAAUUUGAUUUGAAUUCUUUAAAGCAUGAUCCGGGUGAAAUAACUCAAAUCUUGGACUUUCAUCCAAAUCAUCGUGAUGUCAUUCGAAGAGAAUACCUUAGGAGAGGUCCUUGUCAACCUCGGCUUAAAGCGUAUCCUAAAACAAAAGUUUCUAGAUACAUGCGUCGUUUUAAUCCUUAGUGGUUUAGUGAAUAUUCUAAUUGGUUGGAGUAUAGUGAAAGUAAAGAUGCAGUAUUUUGUUUGAAUUGCUAUCUAUUUGCAGACGAUAAUAUUCAUCAAGGAGGGGGUGAUGUAUUUUCGACCAUAGGGUUUAGGAGUUGGCAAAAAAAGAA